AACCCCCAGUCGCGUUAUCUUUAAAUCUGGUCAGGUUAUAAAAGAUUGCUAACCCUUAGCAAAAAUCACCAUUUGACUUUCGAUUCUAAAAGAAAUGUCUCGUUUUGUCUUUGUGCUAUUCUGCCUAGCGGUAGGCGUCGUCACCGCAGUGCCAACGCCCGAUAAGCGUAUCGUAGGCGGAAUACCAGCCGAAGCUGGUGAAGCGCCAUGGAUGGUGUCCAUGCGAAACUCGUUCAACAUUCACUUCUGCGGAGGAACUCUGCUAAACAGCCGAUUCGUGCUCACAGCAGCCACUUGCAUGCAAGGACGCCUGUCUAGCACAACCAUGGCUGUCGUUGGAUCAAGAUUCUUGAACACGGUUGCAGCUCCCUACUACGGCAUGCAGACGAUUAACCACCCGCAGUUCAACCAGAACAGUUUGGAAUUCAACGUAGCGCUGUUCCAGACGAUUCAGAAUGUUGUAUUCACUAGCAUUGUUCAACCGAUUCAGCUGAAUCCGGACUUCAUCAUGGCUGGAUCGCGCGGUCGGAUGUUCGGCUGGGGUUCCACCGAAGAUGGAAGUGGUAACUCGAAUGCUCUGAACUUUGUCAACCUGAACGUAAUCGAUAACGACAACUGCCGCGGGUUCUUGGGUGCUGAUGGAUCACGUGUAGCUACAUCUUCUAUGUGUACGUUAAACCGCGAAGGACAAGGAUUAUGCACCAAUGACGCCGGAGGUGCCCUGACUUUGGACAACCAGGCCAUCGGUGUCGCAUCGUGGAAGAUACCGUGCGCAACUGGCCGCCCAGAUGUUUUUGUUCGCAUUUCAGCGAUCCGCGAUUGGAUUGUAAGCAUUAUCUAGGCAACAGUUGAUGGACGAUAGCAUAGGUCAGUGAUAUGAACGAUUUACUGAUAACGAAAUAUUUUGAUCCGAAACCAAUUGGAAACGAAAGUUGUAUUUUGAAUUAAGCUAUAGUCAAACCUGCACAUAAACUUUUGUUAAAUAUAUUUGUUGAAACUGCUGUCCUUACAAA